AUGUAUUAUUUGCCCAGUUUUCAAGCGAUCUGGAAAAAGUCAAUAUAUGGUCAUCCAUUAGUUCAUCGCUUAAUGGAUCCAGAAGCUCAAAAAGGAGACAGAGAAGACAAUGAUGACAAGAAAGUGGUUGCAGAGAUCAUGGCAAGGUGUUUUUUUCCAGCUCUAGUAACAACCAUCCCCUGGGAAGGAUUUCAUUUUGUUGGUCAGGAGAUUCGAAUUACUGAAGCCAUGGAUUGUUAUGGUGCUGUUGUUUGGCCAUCGGCCCUUGUUCUAUGCUAUUUUCUGGAGACAAAUGUAAAGCAGUAUAAUAUGGUUGACAAAAAUGUGAUUGAAAUUGGAGCUGGAACAGGGCUUAUUUCCAUUGUGGCAAGUUUACUAGGUGCACAUGUGACUGCCACAGAUUUACCUGAAUUACUUGGAAACCUGCAAUAUAAUAUAUCCCGAAACACCAAAAUGAAAUGUAAGCAUUUGCCUCAGGUUAAAGAACUCUCCUGGGGCAUAGCUUUAGACAAGAACUUCCCCAGGUCUUCCAACAAUUUUGAUUAUAUCUUGGCGGCUGAUGUUGUCUAUGCUCAUCCUUUCCUGGAAGAACUCCUCAUUACCUUUGACCAUCUGUGCAAAGAAGCUACCAUCAUCCUCUGGGUCAUGAAAUUUAGGUUAGAGAAAGAAAAUAAAUUUAUAGAUAGAUUUAAGGAGUUGUUUGACGUGGAGGAGAUUUCUAGUUUCCCUAGCUUGAAUAUUAAGCUGUAUAAAGCUAUGAAGAAAAAUCGAAGGAGUGCAUGA